CACUCAUUCUCUUUGUGACGAAGAAUUAAUCAAUCUCUCGCCCAUUUUCAGUUUCUGUAAGAAUUGCUAGAACUAAUUGAAGCUCCAUCUUUCAGUAACCAAACCAUAGCUAGAGAUCGAGAUUCAUAUUAUGUUUUCUUGGGCAUCUUCAAGAAGAUCUUCAGGGGUUGUUUUGGGUGUUCAACGACUCGGCUCUCGCACAUUGUUCAGUAAAUCACAACCCUCAUCAUCGCCAUCUUCGUCUUCUUCGAUCAGCCCAUCAUGUGGUGGCAGUUUUGUCUGUAAUAGUGAGUACAAUCACAAGAGUAGAUCAGGUUCCUCCAAUAAGGGUGGUAAAUUUGAUUUGAUUCAGAGGUCAGUUUCUUCAGGGGUUCUAAUUCUCGGGUCAAGCAUAGGCUAUUCUUAUUGGUCAUCUUCUACCUUGGAUCCAAACGCCUCUGUUUGUUUUGCUGAUUCCAAAGAGGAGGCAGCUGCAUGGGCAAUCGAGCAGGACCCAGAACAAUUCAAGUCCCUCUUUUCAAAUACAUUUAGGAGAAAGAAGUUCUUUACGUAUGAAAAAAAGAUAAGAGAGCGAAGUACCCCUGAAAAGAUUUUUAGUUACUUUGCAUCAGUUCGAACCCCUAGCGGAGAGUGCUUUAUGACUCCGGGGGACUUGAUGCGAGCUGUUGUUCCUGUGUUUCCUCCCUAUGAUUCAAAUCGGGUUCGAGAAGGCUCUUUAAGAGGGGAAAAUGUUCCUGGAGAAUUGCAAUGUGCUCCUUCUAAAUUCUUCAUGCUUUUCGACACUGAUGGUGAUGGCCUCAUUUCAUUUCAAGAGUACAUGUUUUUCGUCACUCUCCUCAGCAUUCCUGAAUCGAGUUUUACUGUGGCUUUUAAAAUGUUCGAUCUUGACAACAGUGGAGACAUUGAUAAGGAAGAGUUUAACAGAGUUAUGGCAUUGAUGCGAAAUCACAACAAUAAAAUCAAGGACGGCCACAGGGUCAAAGUUGGUGUAGAAGAGGGAGGAAUACUCGAGUACUUCUUCGGCAAAGACGGCAAAAAAGGCCUCAAGCAUGAAAGAUUUGUUCAGUUUUUCAGGGAUUUACACGAGGAAAUGUUGCGCUUGGAGUUUGCUCAUUAUGACUACAAAUCAAAAGGAACCAUAACAGCUAAAGAUUUUGCCUUGUCCUUGGUUGCAUCUGCUGAUCUCAGUGACUUAUACAAGUUGCUUGAUCGUGUUGACGAUAUUAACAACGCCCCACGUCUUAACAACAUACAAAUUACAUACAAGGAAUUUAAAGAUUUUGCAGAGCUACGCAAGAAUUUGCAGUCUUUCUCUUUGGCCAUUUUCAGCUACGGCGAGGUUAAUGGGGUUUUGACAAAAUCAGAUCUCCAGAGAGCAGCUUCCAAAGUAUGUGGCAUCAAUGUUACAGACAAUGUGAUGGACAUAAUCUUCCAUGUAUUUGAUGCAAACGGUGAUGGUGACCUAAGUGCGAAUGAGUUUGUCAAAGUUUUACAGAACCGUGGAGGUGAACCUGUAGAGUCAGGCCUCAGGGGAUUCCUAACUUGCUUCUUAAACUGUGCAACUAAAAGCUGCUCCUACGCUCAGACCUGAUCACCCUGAAAAACCCAUUCUCCUUAGACCUUAGCAAUGCCAUAUAUGGCUCUAAUCUUGGGUUAAAAGUUGAAGGCUGUACGUACUCAGAAUCUUUCUGCUGCGUGAUUGAGAUAGUAUAUAAAUACCAGCAGGCUGAUAUUGCAUAUAGACCACUUAUUUCAAUUGCAGAUUUACUUUGUCACAUAGGUGAUUGUAACCGUUUAGCUAAAUCAGUCGAAACCUAUGGUCUUUACAGAUCAUCUUCAUCAUUCAUGUACAAAUAUUUUCUGAUA